AUGGCCGUUGCGUCGAUACAGGAUCGAACUGCCGAGUUCAAGUCGGUUCUCGCGCAAGCACAACGUCGGCAGGCUUCGAGUAAAGUCGGGGCUCAACGUCGAUCUCUAUUGAGUGAUUCUCAAAAAGCUGCAGCCGAUGGCGACUCGAGGCCUCGACGAUCUGAAUUCGCACGUCAGGCGGCACAGAUUGGAAGGGGAAUAUCCGCCACGAUGGGCAAGCUGGAGAAGUUGGCAACCUUGGCGCGGCGCAGAACGCUGUUUGAUGACCGGCCUGUCGAGAUCAACGAGCUCACCUACAUUAUCAAGCAAGAUCUGAGCUCCCUCAACCAGCAGAUCGGUAACCUACAAGUUUUGACCCGUCAACAACAUCCUAAGGCCGACCAAGAAGGCGAACACAACAAGAAUGUUGUCUUUAUGCUUCAGGGCAAGCUAACAGACGUGUCCGCCAACUUCAAGGAUGUACUAGAAGAAAGGACGAAAAACAUACAGGCCUCUAGGUCAAGAACAGACAACUUCAUUUCCAGUGUCUCCCAGCAUGCGCAGCCGCCUUUGCAGCAGUCGGCGUCGCCCCUUUAUGGCACGCCGCAACGAGGAACUCCAUCGCCAGGGGCCGAUCUUCUGUCCUUGAACCCUCCUGGUGACCAGCAACUCCUUCUGAUGGAGGAGGCACAGCCGCAAAAUACGUAUAUUCAGGAAAGAGGCGCGGCAAUAGAAAGCAUUGAGUCAACGAUUGCCGAACUCGGAUCUAUCUUUGGACAGCUGGCAACCAUGGUAUCGGAGCAAAGCGAAAUGAUUCAGCGCAUUGAUGCAAACACAGAAGACGUCGUUGACAACGUUCAAGGCGCGCAACGAGAAUUGCUCAAGUAUUGGGGCCGUGUCUCCAGUAACAGGUGGCUGAUUGCCAAAAUGUUUGGAGUACUCAUGAUCUUCUUUCUACUUUGGGUCCUUAUUGCUGGCUGA